AUGCCACUCCCUUAUUUUCUUCACGUUAAUUCACGACCAAAGCCAGAUUCCGGGGUGGACAACAAACUCUGGGAAAAGUGGUACAUCACCGAGCAUUUGCCAGAUCUGGUCAACAGUGGAACGACAAAGCGAGCUGCGUUCUACCGAGAAACCUUUGACUUCCCGCUGGCUCCUGAGGAGAGAUCCCCACGAGCAUACCUGGCUGUCUACCAGACAGACUUCGAAGACGCUUUGAGCAGCAGCGAGUUUGCCAACAAUGUUCGCCACGGAAGCGACCUGUUUCCAACAAAGAGAGAAACCACCGAGAAUGGAGAUUUUGACGCACGGAACUAUAAGUUGAUCAUGGACUAUGAUCCGAAGAAAACAGGGGAGAGUGCCCCGCCAUUUCUCGUAACAGUCGAGAUGGAGCCAGUCGAUGAAGCGGACUUGGAUAAGUGGUAUCAAGAAGAACACCUUGAGAUGUUGAGUAAGAUGCCUGGGUACCGUCGGUCAUCGCGCUAUGUUCUCGGUCCAAAGACCCCGAUCACUUUGGGAGAGCCUGGCAGGUUCUUGGCCUUGCACGAGCUUGAUGAUCUCCAUGCAGCUUCUUUCAGUGAGGAAUCUGCAGCUGCCAACACCACGCCAUGGUCGGUGAAACACAUCCAGGGAAGCAAGGUAUUCAUUGCCAGGGGUUGGGAAUUACUUCAUUCGGAGGGAUUUUAG